AGUCAAGCAUCAAAAAGUCUGGAACCUGCUAAGGUUAACGUUAAUCGUAAAAAUCAUAAAAAAAUACCAAUUACUGAAUUUGUCAAGAGUUUAACUGCAGUUACACCUGAUCCUGAUUACAAUCCGGUUUCUAUAAAUAUUAUGGAAGUUGAUACUGAAAAUUCCGUUGGAAAAAAUUUAGCCAUUCUGUUUAAGAAUGCAUGUGAUGCUGAAAAAGAAGUAACACGAAGUAAACAACAAGAAAUAUUCAACUGGUAUUAUUUUGCCGAAGCUUUUGAAGGAAGGGUAAAUGAGUUAAUUGCAACUGGUAUUGCAAAUAACUUAGCAAGAACCCAAAUUUACGAGGAAAUGUCACCAUUUAUUUCAGGAAUUACUGCAAACAAUUUAAGACAAAAAAAAACAUAA